GCUGCUGCGACGGUCUAUUGACAGUGUAGAUUAUAAACUCCGCCCCAUCGUAUUUUUGCUGGCGGAUGCUAACAAGCGCACCAGCUCGAAGAAGUGCGUCUUACGGUUUUACUCCGCGUCCUUUUCAGGUGAUCAACAAGAACGAACCGCAUAUUGACACAUGCCAUUUAUCCCUCGUUACUAAAACCAAAACGUCUGGAUGAGUGGGUCAUUCUCUUCCCCCUCUGCUGAGGUGGCUGAAAUGGACCGCAUCCAGUUUGAGUUGGAGUACACGGUGGGAAUCAGCCAGCGCAUGCGAAUCCCUGAGACCCUCAAGGUGGCUUCAGAGAACCAUCCAGGUUCUCUGUCAUUUCAGCAUCCCCUCCCUUUACACACAGCCAAGAUGAUGCAGGUGCCAGAGAGAAUCAUCGUAGCCGGUGAUGAUGGGGAUCUUCAAUUUUCUCACCCUCGAGACUUGGACCUAAUCCAAUCCCUCCCUCCCAUGGACCUUCUGAGCAUGAAGGCCCCACCACGUAUCCUCACUCUAUCAGAGCAGCCACUGGACUCCCUUGAAACCGAACAAACUGCCACAUCACAGAGCAAUCCCAUCCAUGCAGCUCACUUUCAUGCUCGGCCUCGAAGGGAGCGCAGUGCCAGUGAAAACAUGUCUGGCCGCCACAGCAAUCAGAUUGUCCGAGGUGACACAAGUGUAACCCCUUCCCCUUCUGCCCCCCCAGUCCGGUUGUGUCCCCCCCUAUGUUCCCCUGAAGAUGCUAACAUCCACCUGUUUACCACUGCGGGGUUCCUGUCUUAUAUGCAGUCCACAACACGUCGGGCCUACCAGCAGGUGCUCGAAGUGCUGGAUGAAAGCCACCGCAGGACACACCUGGACCUGGCUCUGGAUAUUAAUCCUGACGAGUCUGGCCUAGUGGACGCGUCAUCGCUACGACGACAGAUUGUGAAGUUGAACCGGCGACUGCAGCUGCUUGAGGAAGAAAACAAAGAACGCUCCAAGCGAGAAGUGAUCCUGUAUUCUGCUACAGUGGCUUUCUGGCUAAUUAACACCUGGAUCUGGCUCCGUCGCUAAGACUUUAGCAGACUGAAUCUCAAAAACCACUGGAAGCCAAGACAGCGCCUUGUUAAAAGUGCAACCAACACAGUAUGGUUAUUUAUUACAUAUAAAAGAAACCAUUUGAAACUACACUACAAUCCUCCGUGUUUCUAUUGCAAAUAAUAUAUUGGGAUUCUAGUUUGAAAUUUUCAUAUUGGCUAGUAUUCAUAUCAAACUACAAGUCUGGUGCAACGCCACUAAAACUAGAGGUAAAGCCGAAGUUGCCAUAUCUUACAUUCAAAGACUCAUCAUUCAAUUAUGUAUUUAUUUAAAAACGUAUUUUUGGGCCGGUCUAAAGUAGCAAAUGCGAGCACUGUACUAAUCAGCAAGAAUUGCCAAAACCUCACCAAUAAUUAUGUUGUUUUGUGCAAUUAUUACAGAUUUUGAGUGUUGAAUGCUUGAUUAUUGCACAGCAACGACAGAUGUUAGAGUGAUGCCUAACAUCUAUCACACUUGAGAGAGUAAAUAACAUUCGUAAAUGAGACUUUUUAGCUGGAAGAAAAUAGUAGAGGGCUCACUGGAUUUACUGAUGCCCAGAACUUACGUUACAAGAACAAGUUUUGGACCGGUCUUGACUGUUUGAAAUUAAAUCUGAUUUUGUAAACAAAUUAAAAAGGAGUGUCCAAAUAAGAAGAUUAAAUCUAGAGAUUCCAUAAUAUAUGUUCUUCGAGUUCUCUCAACCAACACAUUUGUACAAAGUACUUGAAUAACCUAUUGUUGUAAAUGUUGUAGUCGGUUGUUUACCUUUUACAGUGACUUGUCGAUGGAUUCUGUUAUGAGCUCAAUGAAGUAUCAAUAAACACACUAAGGGUAAGGCCAAUCUGUGCCAUGAUAAUGUAUUUAUUUCUUUCCAUGCUGUUUCCACUGUUUACGGGUUUUUUGAACGUGUUUGGCAAGAAUAAAAGCAUAGACUGUCGUUUUAUUCAUUUGAACAGUGAUGACAUUUAAUGGAUUGCUAUGUGCACAAAAUAUUGCUGUCAUUAUUUUUUAUUUUCAUAUAUUACAGUACCUAUGACUUAAAGCUGAAGUUUAAAGUAUUUUACUUUCCUUGUAAGAUAUUGAUACAUGCAUUGUUUGUAAAAUAAAUAAUAAUUCCCUGCAGA